AUGCGGGUGGCAGGAUUGACUCCCGACGCCAUUAGGUUCAACUCUGCUAUCGACGCGCGCGCGAAAGGGGACCAGUGGAGCGAGGCACUGAACAUCCCGAGAGAUAUGCCGACGGCAGCAGUAGCCCCCAAUGUUAUCAACUACAACUCAGCCAUCACGGCGUGCGCAACGGGAGGGAAGUGGGAGGAGGCGCUGGAGCUACUAAACGAGAUGCGGGUGGCAGGAUUGACCCCCGACGCCAUUAGGUUCAACUCUGCUAUCGAAUCGUGCGCGUAA